CCGGGAAGACGUCAGUUAGAUUAUCACCGGAAUACACACGGUUCUCUCUUCAAAAUAAGAGCAUCGUGUCUCUGCCGACGAGCAAAGACUUAUAAUCGGAAGCUUUAACAGAGAGACGAAUGAGCAGAGCUGUGUGAGAGACAGACGCGUCACACUAUCCUGAAUGUUACACUUAAAGCAAAGAUGGCGACAGAAGUUUAACGUUGAGGGGAAGAAGUCUUUAAAAUCAUAUUUCAGGACCAAGUUUAAUCACAUUCAACAGAUCAUUCUAUACAUGCAAGUUUUAUCUCCUGACCAGCGGAAUUAAAGUGACGGCAGGCAGAGGAAGUGUAGUUUGUUCCUCACGCUGCGCUUGACGCUGACGGUGAGGCGGGAGCGUGAGUAACGGGGGAGCUGAGGCAGGUAAAAGUGCGUGCGUGCGUGCGUGCGUGAGUGUGUUUGUAUGAUGAGACAGAAAGCGGUGACUGCGUGAAGAAGAGACGGAAAGAGGUGAGAGGAAGACAAAGGAGCCGAGUGAGAGGAGGAAGAGUUGGAAGGACAGAGGAGAUAACAAAAGGAGGGAAGGAUGUCGGAGCGGGUAGCUUCGUGCGGGAGCUUGUAUGACAGCACCAACCUGCUGCUACAGUACUGCAACAACGAUGACACGGUGUCGGCGAGCAGUAACAUGGACAUGGAGGACCGAGUCUCUCACCUGGAGCAGAGGCUGCAGCUGCAGGAGGACGAGAUCCAGCUGCUUAAGGCGGCUCUGGCUGAUGCGCUGCGCCGGCUGGGCUAUUGUGAGGAGCAGAGCCAGGGGAAGCCACCAGGAGGCGCCCAUGCUGGGAGGAGGCAUCUGGCCACCACGGCUGCAGCACCACCUACGAAAGUGCGUCAGCUCCUGCAGGCACUUCCCUCCCGACCUCUGAGUAACGGCUACAUUCAACAAAAACGUCUCCUUUCUUCUCCUUCAUCUCCAAAGAAAGAGGUGCUGCAGUCCAUAAAGAGAAAGAGUAUGUCCACAGAGCGUCUCACCCUGGUGAGGAGGGAGUUGGGGGCGGAGAGUCGGAGUCGAACAACCUCCUCCAGCAGCUCCUCCGGCGGCAAAAGCAAAUCCAAAGAAUGCACCUUCAAUGCAGAGGACGGCUACGUGAGGCUGUUCCUCCGCGGCCGUCCCGUCACCAUGCACGUCCCGGACCAGCAGAAGGAGCGCUACAGCCUUGACCAGAAGGUGGCGCUGCCGGACCACAAGCUCAAACUGCAGUGGGUUUACGGCUACCGCGGUCGCGACUGCCGCUCCAACCUGUACCUGCUUCCCACAGGAGAGAUUGUCUACUUCAAUGCUUCGGUGGUGGUGCUGUACAACACAGAGGAGCAGCAGCAGAGACACUACCUGGGCCACAACGAUGACGUCAAAUGCCUGAGUGUGCAUCCUGACAUGGUUACCAUAGCAACAGGACAAGUGGCUGGAAACUCUAAAGAUGGAAAGCUGCUGGCUCCUCAUGUCCGUGUGUGGGACUCUGUGAGCCUCAACACGCUCCACGUGCUCGGAGCGGGAGUGUUCGACAGAGCGGUCACCUGCGUGGCUUUCUCCAAGUCGAAUGGUGGCACCUUCCUCUGUGCUGUGGACGAUGCCAACGAUCACAUCUUGUCAGUCUGGAAUUGGCAGAAGGAGAAGCAGCUGGCUGAAGUCAAGUGCUCCAAUGACUCUGUGCUGGCUGCUGUGUUUCAUCCCAUGGACACCAACCUGAUUGUCACCUGUGGAAAAUCUCACAUCAACUUCUGGACCAUGGAAGGGAACACUCUCACUAAGAGACAGGGCCUGUUUGAGAAACACGAGAAACCAAAGUAUGUGCUGUGUGUGGCAUUUGCUGAGAAUGGAGACGCCAUCACAGGAGACUCCAGUGGGAACCUCUACAUCUGGGCCAAAGGUGGUACCCGCAUCAGCCAGGUGGUGUCAGGGGCCCACGAAGGCGGCAUUUUCUCAGUUUGUGUCCUGAAGGACGGCACCGUGGUGUCUGGAGGAGGAAAAGACCGCAAGGUGGUGCUGUGGGACCACAGCUACAGAAAAAAGGCAGAGAUGGAGGUGGGAGAGUCUUUCGGUCCCGUUCGGGCUCUGGCUGAAGGAAAACCAGGAGAACUCUUUGUUGGAACCACCAAGAACGCCAUCAUCAGAGCUGCCUUCCCUGAUACAUUAACUCCUAUUGUACAGGGUCACACAGAUGAGCUGUGGGGUCUGGACGUCCAUCCCACCAUGGAGCAGUUUGUUACCUGCUCACAGGACAAACAGGUUCACCUCUGGGACGCCCACUCCCACCAGCCCCUCUGGAGCAAGACCAUCGAGGAUCCGGGCAGGUCUGCGGGUUUCCAUCCCAGUGGGGCUGUUCUGGCUGUGGGGACCAUGACUGGAAAGUGGUUGGUGCUGGACACUGACACUCGGGAUCUUGUUUCUAUGCACACAGAUGGCAAUGAGAUCAUUUCCAAUGUCAAGUACUCUCCAGACGGUAACUUCCUGGCCGUCGCUUCCCAUGAUAUUGUUUACAUCUACGCUGUCACUGAAAACGGCCGCAAGUACAGCCGCGUGGGCAAAUGCACCGGACACUCCAGCUUCGUGACCCAUGUGGACUGGUCCUCAGACAGCCAUUACCUGGUCACCAACUCAGGAGACUAUGAGAUCCUCUUCUGGGAGGCAUCCAGCGGUAAACAUGUGACCAACACGGACACUGUGCGUAACCUGGAGUGGGCCACGUCCAGCUGCACUCUGAGCUUCAACACGUUUGGAAUCUGGCCAGAUGGAGCAGAUGGCACAGACGUCAACGCUGUGUGCAGGUCACAUGAUCGAUCCCUGCUGGCCUCUGCUGAUGACUUUGGCAAAGUGCACUUGUUCUCCUUCCCCUGCUCUCAACCAAGGGCUCCGAGUCACGAGUACAGUGGCCACAGCAGUCACGUGACCAACGUUGCCUUCCUGCACGAUGACAGUUGCCUGCUCUCCACCGGCGGGAAAGACACCAGCAUCCUGCAGUGGGUGGUUGCCUAGGCAACAUUAUACACCCGCACCUCUGACUUCCUCUGGAAUCCUGUCUGACCCUCGUCACAUCUUCACCUCACCUUUAUCCUCCUGCCACCAGGGGGCAGCACCUCCUCUGUGCCUACUGGACUCAAAACAAAAGCAAAGAAACAUUUAGAGAUGUCACACUAGAUGAGUAUCACUGGAAUCAUUUGAAGUCUACUGCUGUCUGUUAUCAAACGUAGAGAAAUGAGUUGUUGUAAUAACAGGAUAUGACUUAACCCCCCCCCCCCAAAAAAAAAAUCAACUCCUGCUACUACCCCAGCUGAUGCUGGGGGGGGGGGUGACUCCACAAUAAACCUGCAGUUUUUAGCAUGAGUACGAACUGUGCCUGAACUGUAUUUAUUUGAGCUCCCCGUCAAAGGGAAUCCCGUCUGUUUUAAAAUGAGUACGUUUUGGCUCCUUGACUGCAGAUCACGUCCACUCCAGUUGGUUCUGAAUGCAACACGAUGAGGGUGAAAGAUGUAAGAUUUUAGGGUUUAACAUGAUGGUAUUUUUCAGUUUCAUUCAGUGAAGAGAAGCCAAACUCUUGAAACGAGUUUCACGAGUUUGGGUCUGUGAACUAACACAAUACAAAAAUAAAGCAGGUUUCAUGCACUCUGUGCUGCACAGCAGAGGUGCUAAAAUGUUUGCUUCAUAUUGAAUUUAUGGAAAUCACAAAGAACGAUGAAAAAUACCCUUAAAUGUCAUUAAAACAGGUGUUUGGGUGCAGUCUUGGUGCCUCCUUUCAGCCAACUUUCCUUUUCUUUUGGGAAACCCGGGAGUGUGUCGUAGCUCCCCGUCAACAUGCAUUUCCUAAAGCUUAAAAAUCACAGAUAAAAUUUCAGUUAUAUAAAGAUUUAGUACAGCAACCUCAUCAAGGCACAGCAUGCUAAAUCAGGAAGAGCAAAACAUAUUAACUUGUAUUUGAGCAAAUAAAAUAGGUGGAAUCCUCCUUUUGAAAUGCUUAUAAUAACCCUCUGCCUCGCUCGCCUCACUGUUACAUCCCUCAGCAUUUUCAUAGUCCUGAGGCGCAGACUGUAAGUAUUACAGAUUGUGAACGGUACAAAGUGUCUGUUUUGUCCUGAGCUUUUUAAUUUCACCUCCCGCUGCCGGGCUGCUGUUUGAUUGUACUACUGUAAAUGUGCUGAGACGACACUAGAUGGCGCUACAGGGCAAGAGAAUGAUCGAGGCUGCCCUCCUUCUGUAGAAGCUGUUAAUGUCUUGAAGGUCCCUAGAGUAAAUAUAUAUAUAUAUAUAUUAUGCAGUAUAUCCGAGUGGCUGUGUUGUUUUAAUAUUUAACUGUAACAUGAUGGAUUAUCAUACUUGUGGCACUUUUAGUGAUUGACAGAGGGGUGAUGUAGGCUGUUAUUCUAUGGAAGCUUGAGCUGUGCUUUGCCUUCAGUUUUGUUAAUAAAGUUUUUACCCAAAUGCAAAUGAGCCCCCCCCCAAUUACACUGUCCAGAAACUUGGAGCACGAUGCACUGAUUUCAGUGAUGUAAAUCAUAAAUAUCCUAAUUUA